UCAGCCUCCCAAGUGCUGGGAUUACUCCUGUGCACCACCACACCUAGCUCUACACAGGUUUUAUAUUCAGCUGAUGAUAAAUUAUUAAGCUUGUAACAGCUUUCUGGCAGUGAUAAUCUCCUCACAAAAUAUGACUCUCGCAAAUGUCUUCAUCCCUCUCCAGAAGAGGAGGAGAGGAAACACAAGCACCUGCUGCAGAGCCCGAAUUUCUACUUCAUGAAUGUGAAAUGCUUAGGAUGCUAUAAAAUGGCCUUGGUCUUUAGCCACACACAGACAGUAGUUUCGUGUGUUGGCUGCUCCGUUGUCCUCUUCCAGCCUACAGGAAGGAAAGAGAGGUUUACAGAAGGACGCUCCUUCAGGAGGAAGCAGCACCAACAGCACCUUGAAGUGGAAACCAUCCCAAUAAAUACGUUCUGGAUUAAAAAAAAAAAUCAGAAAUAAAUUACAAAAGAUAUAAUAGAGGUUAGGAGGGAGGAGAGUGUGAGAAGGUCUAAUGUAUGACUAAUUGAAGUUACAAGACAGAAAAUGCUAAAAGCAGCCAAACACAUCACCUAAAAAAAGGAUGAUAAUUAGACUGAGAACUGACAAAGAUACAGAGGAAGCCAGACAACAGUGAAAUGACAUCUGCCAGGUGCUGAGAGUAAGUAGCUAUCAAUACCCUGUAAACUGAACUUUUAGCAAGAGGAAUGAACAGGCUGGGGACACAGCUCAGUAGUAGAUCUCUUGGCCUGGCAUAUACAAGGCCUUGGGUUCUAUCCCUACACCAGGAGAAGCAGAUGGGGGAGGGAAAGAAUUAAAGACUUUUU